AUGGCGGCGCUGCCGCUGCCGCCGGGGCUGCGCCUGCGGCUCCGUGAGGGGAUCCCGCAGGACCCCGCCCGGGAGCUCCUCCGGGAGCCCCCUCAGCGCCCCGCUCAGCCCCUGCCGCCCUUCACCUUCACCCCCCGCCGCCUCCGCCUCGGCCCGCAGCACCCGCUGCUGGAGGACGGGGACGUGCACAGGCACCUCUACCUGCAGGGCGUCCUCACCAGCCUCGAGGAGGUGGCCGAGAGACCCAAGGUGUCCGAGUUCAGCUGCCACAUCUCCGGGUGCUGCCAGGUGUUUGACACGCUGGAGGGCUACGAGCACCACUACAACACCCUGCACAGGAAUGUCUGCUCCUUCUGCAAGCGCUCCUUUCCCUCAGGGAACCUCCUGGAUAUCCACAUCUUGGAGUGGCACGACUCGCUCUUCCAGAUCAUGGCCGAGAAGCAGAACAUGUACAAGUGUUUGGUGGAAGGCUGCCCGGAGAAGUUCAAGAGCAGCAAGGACAGGAAGGAUCACUUGGUGACUGUGCACCUUUACCCUGCUGACUUUCGGUUUGAUAGACCCAAGAAAGUGAAAAGUGUCCCCAAGCACACGAGCUGUCCCGCGGAGCAGGGCCCCAGCGUGCCCAUGGAGGUGAGCGUGGAGACGGCCGAGCAAUUCCAGCUGGACCCCAUGGAAACAGGGCCUGGUGAGGACAUGGAGAUCCCUCAGCCUGCAGCCAGCCCUGGCCCCUCGCUGCCAGAGAAACGGCUCUACAAAUCCAGGAUCCCAUCCACAAUUUGCUUUGGACAAGGUGCCACCCGAGGAUUUAAAGGACCAAGGAAGAAAGUCUGAAGGUCAGUGCAGCAGAUUUGUGCAGGAUGAGCAGAUGUGGGGCCGGUGCCACCCAGGCCGUGGCCUAGCAGGGAUAUUUCCAGUUCCCACUCCACACUGGGAAUAAGCCACUCAAACCAAUUAAAGCUCCACCAGCAUUUGAACAUGGGUUCGUGAUGUCAGACGGAAUUGGGUCAACCUGACUGAGUCAAGAAUCCUCAAGAUUUUAGAAAGGGGAACCCAAAAUGUGUGGUGAGGUGUUAAGGAAACUGUCCUGCAGCUGAGACUGCACAGGAUUGGGUGUUUAAUUUUUUUGCCUUCUGGAGGAAAAAAACAGAUUCAAGAAAUUCCAAGACAAAAUCUGCUGACUGCAUGGAAGCUGUGAAAAAAGAAAACAGGGCAAAAAAGGUGUUGGUCCUUAAUUCUGACCUUCUCCAUCUCACUGAAGUCUCCUCUGCACCCUGGCUCUCGCUGUGGAACCCACAUGAAAGGUCUGUCUGGCCCAGGAGAAGCAUUUCCAUGGGGAGUUAAAAUAAAGUGACUUCAGCCAGGAGAGCUGAAGGCGCUGGUGUGGUGGAGGUGGAUGCCAGGAUGGAGAAGCAAAGGGAAGGGUCACAGCUGAGCCAGGGACACGCAGGAACCGGGCAGCUGUGCCAGCAGAGAGGUCAGAGAGGGUCUCCCACAGCAGCUCCCCCCAGAGCAUGAGGGAGCAGCUCCAGGCCAGAGGCCACCACCUUUCUGGGACACCUGGGAGUCUCCCUGAGCAGCAGGAACUGGCACCACCCGGGGACACGAGGGACGGGCAGGCACGAGGCCGGGCAAAGUGCACAGCCAGGUGUGGUGAGAGGCAGCCAUGGAGGGAGGCAGGGAUGGAGGCAUGGAUGGAUCGAUGGAGGGAUGGAUGGAGGGAUUGAUGGAUGGAUACCCGUGGGUCCCGGUGCAGCGAUGAACCAGCUGCCUGUGUCCAUGGAGGGCGGGAGAAGGCUGCGGUGGGAAAAGGGACCCUUCCUGGGGUGAGGGCAGCCCUGAGACCACCUCCCCACCCUCCUCCUCUCCCCAUCCCGCUCCUGUAGCCACCUUAUGCCGCUCGUCCCGCUGUCCUGGCCGUACACAUCUCAGCAGCUCCGGGCAGAGCUGCCCCCAGUGGUUCCACUCACCUGGGAUUUCCAAACCCUCAUGGACACAAUAAAGCUCUCUAUCCCCAA